UAUUUCCAUUUGAGCUAAAUGUUGUGUUUUAUUUCUUUGUCUUCUUUAGUCCUCUCCUUAAUUAGUUAACAGCUAAGCAGAAAGAGAGAUAUUUGUAAAAACAAAAAAAUUUAAAAUAAUUUAUUUUCCAUUUUCUAUAUUUCCCAUUAUUCUUCUCUCUGCAGACAUUGAUUUUCCCGGCUAAUUCCCAUCGGGAUAAUCUGAGUUUCAAGAUUUGCACACUCAUAAUUCUUGCUAGAUUUUACGCUGCUAUUGAUUCUAUCUACCUUCCAGACAAUUUCAACACCAUCCCACCUCGUAUUAUUUACUUUUCCGGAAUACUCACCGCCGGCGAUCUAAAUACAAUUUUCAAUUUAAUUUCUCAUUCAAGGCAUAAAUGGAGUAGUUAUGGCGUAAUACUUAUUUAGAUUCUGUUUAUUGACGCGUGGCUACAGUUGUCGGACUCGUUUAAUGCUGAGGUUUCUGAGCUUUUAAUGUUUUUGUCUGAACUCUGUGAUGGUAUAUGCAGAGAGUCUUUGUAUUGCACAAGAUUCGAAAAUGAUGCGAAUGAAAACCAGAAGAAAUGAGGUGCCACAUAUGAGCGGUGGUUCCUCCGCCGCCGCCUCUGAUAAUGAAUUGGAGCUGAGGCCAGGCGGAAUGCUAGUUCAGAAGCGGACAGACGCUGACCAAAACCUCGUACCACCACCCAUGAUCAGGGUUUAUGUAAAAUAUGGGUCAAUUAAUCACCAAAUCCAUAUUAGCUCUGAAGCCAGCUUUGGGGAGUUGAAGAAGAGGUUAACAGGGCCAACAGGGUUGCAUCAUCAGGAUCAGAAAUUAUAUUACAAGGAUAAAGAGAGAGAUUCCAAAGCAUUUCUUGAUACUACUGGAGUUAAGGACAAAUCCAAACUUGUUCUAGUUGAGGAUACCAUUGGCAAAGAGAAGAGGUAUUUGGAGGUGAAGAAAAAUGCGAAAAUCGAAAAAGAUAAGAAAUUAAUAUCUGAAAUCAGUUUGGAGGUCGAUAGGCUUGCUCGACAGGUGUCGUCGCUUGAAUCCAUAAUUUCUCGAGGAGGAAAAGUGGUUGAAAAAGAUGUGUUAAAUCUGAUCGAGUUGCUGAUGAAUCAACUUCUUAAAUUAGAAGGUGUCAUUGGAGAUGACGACGUGAAAUUACAAAGGAAAAUGCAGGCUAAAAGAGUGCAGAAGUAUGUUGAAACUCUGGAUAUGUUGAAGAUCAAGAACUCUAUGACAACAUCGACUCAACAGAAGGUUUACUCAAGUGGGCUCGUCUCAUCCCCACCGAUUCAUCAGACUAGGCAUUUAAAACCGAGCAUUUCAACUCCGGUUCCACUGCAACAAACUAAACAUUCGUUAAUAGGUUCACUAAAGCAACCAUGGAGCCACUUGGUCUCAGAACCUGUUGUGAUUACCAUGCAAUGGGAAACUUUCGAUUCUACGUCCUCAAAAAUCCCAGGUGCUCCCUCGGCCAGCACAAUAAAUCCGGCGCAGCCUAGCUUUAUCCGGGAUUUAAUUUGAGUUGUUGUAAGUAAAUCGAAGUGUGUGUUCUAGUGUGGAUGUGCAGUUUGCAUUUGUUCCAUGUUGGUUUGGUGUACGUUUUCCUUUAUUAUUGUGUCCUUGUAUAACAAUAAAAUGUUCCUGGUAGUCCAGUUGAACAGCAACAGAACAUGUCCAUUUAGUGCUUCGGGCACCCUGCAUGCCAUUGAGGGUCAACCUCAAUUUCAUUUCAUUUCACAGUA